GGCAGUUUUGGACCGCCAUAUCGUUUAUAUCGUAUGUUAUCAAACAGUCUAAUUUUCUAAUUUAGUGUCCGAUAAAUCCGAAAACAUGGCUAUAGUUGAAGAUGAAGUUAGAAAUGGUUCUGAGGAAGAGAACGAAAUUGAAGUAGUCGUAGAUGAAGACGACGGUGACCAGGACUCUGAUGAUUCGGACGACGAGGAUGAUGAAGAGGCAUUGGAGAAAAAAGUAUCUGAUUUAGAGCAGCGAAUAGCAGAGAAUCCAUACAAUUACAAUGAUCACAUAGACUUAAUAAGAGCACUUUGGGGUCUGUCAGAGCUAGACAGGUGGAGGGCGGCCUUCGAUCGCUUACAAGAAAUGUCACUCUUGCGCCCUGAGCACUGGCUGUUGCGAUUACAAACAGAGGCAACCCUCGCUCACUCUCCCGAGGACCGUGAACGCCUCGCUGAUCUAUUUCAACAGGCAACACUUGAUUGUUACUCGAUCCAGAUCCUGACGGAGUGGUGUUCGUGGGCGCUGGGCGCGGACGAGGCGGGCGCGGCCCGCGCUCAGCUCGACGAGGUGCUCCGCCGCGCCGGCGCCGACCCGCUCUCCGGGAAGAUCUUCUGGGACGCGAGGCUCGAGCUCGAGAAGGCGAAGCUGGACACUAUGAGCGCUUCGGAUGAGGGUUACGGCGCGCAGCGUGAGCGAGUGCUGUGGGCUCUGGAGGAGGCGGUGUCGCGUCCGCUGCUGAGAGGAGAGGACGCCUGGCCCCAGCUGCAGCAGAUGGCGCUGGCCGUUCACGGCCAGGACUACGUCGACAAGGUAAAGAAACAACAUGAAGCAGCGGUUGAAUAUUUACAGAAAAUAACUCCAUAUGAAGACAAAUUACUAACUUUAGAAGAUCCAGAAGAGAAGAUUAAAGUUUAUCUUGAAUAUAUAGAAGAGAUAAAGGAUUUAUCGAAGGUGGAAAAGUAUGCUGAAUGUGACAGCGAUGGUAUACUUAGGGUGCUGUACGAGCGCGCGACGACGGAGUGCCCGUCGAGCGGCGAGGCGGGCCCGCUGCUGGCGGCGCUGGCGCGGCUGGCGCAGCGCCGCAGCUCGCGCGCCGGCGUGGCGCGGGCGCUGGCGCUGUGCACGCGCCGCUGCCCGCGCCGCGCCGCCUUCUGGCUGCUGCGCAUGCAGCACGCCGAGCGCGCCGCCGCCAGCUUCCACGAGGUGAAGUCGAUAUUCGAGACAGCGCUAUCGAAGGGCAUGGAGUCGUUCGCGCAGGCGGAGGCGCUGUGGCUGGGCUGGCUGGAGUACACGCGGCGCCGGACCUCCUUCGACGAUAGCUCGCAAGUGGAGCGACUGCGGGACACGUGCCGCCUCGCCUGGGACUCGCUGGCGCAGGCCUGGGGUGAAGAGGCGAAUGAUUGCGAAGUGCCUUUGUUUUGGGCACGACUUGAGUACAAGAGGAUAAAAGAACCUGCGCAGGGCAAAGAAAUUUUUGAAGAAAUUUUCAAAUAUGGUGAAAAUAAAACCCUGUCAAAAUAUUGGGAAGCACUUAUUCACCUGGAAAUGAGCCGUGACCCACCGGCUUCGGAACGCAAGCUCCGCGAUCUGCACCGGCGCGCGCUUCGCAGCGUCACCGACUACCCGCCGGCCGUGGCGCGCCUGUGGACGGACUACGAGCGCGACUACGGCGAGCUCGCCACCAGCGUCGAGUGCGCGCAGCUGUGCGAGGAAAAACUAAAGGAAUGGCGAGAAAGUUACCAGGCUAUGAAGGAGAAAAUGAUGGGACAGAAACAGAAAGGCAAACAAGCGGCGAACAAGAAGUCAAAAGUCGAUAACAAAAAUAAGAAGGAUGAAAAAUCGAAUAAAGGGAAGAGAAAAUCCGACUCAGGUCAAUCAUCUUCAGAGGCUAGUGACGUGAAGAAGAAAAAAGAUAACCAUAUGGAAGUAGACGUGCCAGACAAGGAGGGGGAUACCGGGGGAGGGGUUAAGAGGUCACAUGACGAAGUUGAUGAAACAGGGGCCGGGAGCAAGCGGCAACGGAAAGAUAAUUCAACAGAUACCGUCACUGCAGGGCGAGAGGCCUGCACCUUGUUUGUUAGCAACCUCGAAUUCAAAGUAAAUGAGCAAAACUUAAGAGAUAAAUUAUCAGAAUACGGCGAUAUUGUUUCGUUACGAGUGAAAGCCGGUGUGAAGGCGUUCGGCGGUUCCAUAUGUUACUGUCAAUAUAAAUCACCGGAAUCCGUAGAAAAAGCACUGAAGCACGACCGAACGCCAUUGGAUGGGAGACCGAUGUUCCUAUCUCGGUACUCUACUAAGAAAAGUAAACCCACAUUUAAGUACCCGCUGAUUGCUGAGAACAACAAACUCUUUGUCAAGAACCUACCUUACUCGCACUGCACUAAAGAUGCUCUCACUGAUAUCUUUGACAAGUUUGGCAAGUUGAAAGAUGUCAGGAUUGUGACGUUCAAGGACGGUAAACCAAAAGGGCUAGCCUACAUAGACUAUGAAGAUGAAAAUUCCGCAUCCGAAGCAAUUAAGAAUACGAAUGGCUUAAUGGUAGGCGAUAGGAAAAUAGAAGUAGCCAUAAGCGCCCCCCCACCGAAGCAGGAACCCUCCACGAGUACCUUAGGACUACCGAAAAGGGACACCGGGGGAGGAAUGCGAAGAACGCAACUCAGCAGUUUCAUUCCCAGAGUGUUGCAACAAGCGGCUUCAACGAGUAAGGCGAGCAAUGGAAACCAAAGCAACGGAGACACGAAGCGACCGCUGACGAACACCGACUUUAAAAACAUGCUCCUUAACAAAUAAGUGCUAUUAUUUAUAAGAUUACACUCAUUUUUCACUCGUAA